CAGGAACGCGGAGUGGCUCUCAUUAUUUAUCGCUCUGUCACUCCCCGCGCCGACCGUCAACCUUUCGUCUAUCAAUCAGUACAAUGGCAUCGACGGAACUUCAGAAACAAGUUGGACAGCUCUUCGCGGUCGGCUUUCACGGCCAGACGCCGAGCCCAGAGAUCAAGACCUUGAUUCACGACUAUCACGUCGGUGGUAUCGUUCUCUUUUCGCGCAAUUUCCAAACUGCCUCUCAGCUACGGGCUUUGACGCUUGCUCUGCAGAAUGAAGCACGAUCCGCGGGGCAUACUCGACCUUUAUUCAUUGGGAUAGACCAGGAAAAUGGGCUGGUCACCAGGAUCACACCCCCAAUAGCCCCUCAAAUUCCUGGACCAAUGGCUCUCGGUGCUACUCAUGACCCAGAAUUGGCCUACGAAGCCGGAAAAGCCACUGGUGAGAUCUUGAACUUCUUUGGAGUCAAUAUGAACUAUGCCCCAGUUUGCGACAUCAACUCUGAGCCCUUGAACCCUGUCAUUGGUGUUCGUAGCCCUGGUGACGAUCCGGAGGUUGUCGGACGUUUUGCUAGUGCUACGGCAAGGGGUUUGCGGGAACAGAAGAUUGUCCCGAGUGUGAAGCAUUUCCCUGGACAUGGAGAUACUGCCGUUGACUCGCACUACGGGUUACCUGUUAUCCCGAAAACAAGAGAUCAGCUAGAACGCUGUGAGCUGAUCCCGUUCCGUCGGGCUGUGGCAGAGCAGGUUGAAACUGUCAUGACUGCCCAUAUCUCCCUUCCUAGCAUUGACGACAAGUACCCCGCUACGUUGUCGCCAAAGGCUCUGGGUAUUUUGCGGAAUGAUAUGGGCUAUGAUGGCAUGAUUAUUACCGACUGCUUGGAAAUGGACGGUAUCCGUUCUACGUUUGGCACGGAGGAGGGCUCGGUGCUGGCUUUGCAGGCUGGCAGUGAUAGCAUCAUGAUCUGUCACACAUUCGAGGUGCAAGUGGGCUCUAUCAAGAAAGUCUGUGACGCAAUUCAGUCCGGUGCGAUUGAGUCUUCACGUCUAGCAGAUGCGUGUCGUCGUGUGGCUCAUGUGAAGGACAAGUUUUUGAACUGGGAGGAUGCUCUACGUGAACAGAAACUUGACGAGCUUGAUGCCUUGAACAAGAAGAUCUCACCGAUAUGCGAAGAAGCAUACGAUAAAUCAGUGACGCUUGUUCGCGACGGAGCCUCAAUUCUUCCUCUUUCUAAGACUGCAAAUAUUGUCCUCCUGUUCCCAGGAGGCAAGACCCCUGCUGGUGGCGCAGUCGAUGGGGAGGGAAUAGGCCGGCAAGGAUCAUACGAGGCCACAGCCUAUUUGGACGCCCUUCGACGGUACAAUCCAUCAAUCACAGAAAUUAAGUAUGGCGAGGCUGGUCUGCGUGACGAUCAAUGGAGUGUCGUCAAAGCAGCUGAGGCUGUGAUUUUCGUGUCCGUCAAUGCGCGGGAGUCUCCGUACCAGGAGUCGCUAGGCAAAUUGCUUCCCAAGAACGCGCAAUCGCUGGUCGCCAUUGCUGCCUGCAACCCUUAUGAUUUCUUACAGGCUCCAGAGGUUCAGACAUAUCUUGCUACGUAUGAGCCGACCGUUGAGGCCUUCUCUGUGGCUGCUGACAUCGUUUUUGGCGCAAAGACCGCCAGGGGGUCACUGCCAGUCGGGCUGCCCGAUCCGAAGAAAUCUGAUAUGCAUGUGGCGCAGUUUGAUGCAGAGAAAGAUAUCGAUUCCAUCGAAUCUGUGUGGAAGGAAGCCUUGCCAACGUACAUCUUGCCUGCGGAUGCUUUGCGAUCUUUAAUUGAUCGGAAAAAUGCGCAUCAUUUUGUCGCUCGUAUCGGAUCCGAGCUAGUCGGGUUUUGUCUUGCUUAUACUAAUGCCCACGGAGGUCCAAAGCCCGUCCACCUUGCAGUGCUGGCCGUGACCCCAAAGUAUCAAGGACAGGGUGUUGGAACUGCGCUUCUAACCGAAACGCGCUCGUAUUUCCGAACGCAGUUUGACAUCAAUCAAUUGAAACUUGGUAGUUCCUUCCCUCGAUUCUGGCCGGGAAUACCCCGGGAGCUUCCAGAAACGGUGCAAGAAUUCUUCGUUCAUCGUGGAUUCCGACUUAGUCCGCCAGGCGCGAGGUCAGUUGACUUAUACCAGGACAUUCGGAAUUUCCAGGCGCCGGAGAAAUACAUCACGCGCGCGAAUGAAAGAGGGUUUCGCUUUGCGCCGUUGCGACCAGAGGACUAUGAGGCGUGCUUGGUCGGGCAGAGGAGGAAUUUCUCCGAUAAGACCGGUUGGGUAGAGGCUUACGUCACACUCGAUCCCAAAGACUAUCCCGAUUGUGUGAUGACUGCCUUUGAUUCUGAAGGUCAACAGGUCGGAUGGACUUUGAUGCUGCCCCCCGUCCCAGCGCUAAACAAAGUCUGGGCAUUCCCCCAGAUGUGUGGUCCUAACACUGGUUUAAUUGGCUGUGUGGGCAUUGAUACAUCUCACCGCAAGUCGGGCAUCGGGUUGGCGAUGAUCUGUCAUGCGAUCGACAAUAUGAAGCAGCGAGGCAUCGAGGGAGUCUUUGUGGAUUGGGUGGCAUUGGAUGGAUGGUAUGAGCAGGUUGGAUUCAAGACGUGGCGCAGUUAUCGACCGGGUGAGAUCUGAUACGUAGCUCUUGGCUAUGAUUCAGACGAGAUUCCGACGAGUAGUACUAUGUAUACGACAUAGCGGCUAAAUCACGAACAGUCUAGUUAGCGGAAAACUUUGGAGUAGGUCAGUAGGAUUCCGUAAGUUUGAGAACCCCAACUACAAUAGACUCCAAAAUCAUCUCAUUGAUAACACUUG